AUGUUGCUAGUUUUGGCUGCGUAUUUUCCGAUACCGUGGAGGGGCGAGAAUGCUAUGUCAGAUAUGCGAUGUAAUGGCAUCAUGAGGACACUGGGAUCAGCUUCACGGGGCGCCCUGUGUGAAUUCUGGGCCAUCUCGCUGCCCGUGCACCCCCAACGAGCCGCCGGCAUCCACAACCAGGGCGACGGUGCCCGGGCGGCGGCAGCACUUGCGUCCUUGGGGGCGGCAGCAGCGGCAUCGGGGAGGAGGCGAAGAUGCAUCUGCUCAGCCGCUGACGACGACGAGUUGGGCUACGGGCGGGAGGACAUCGGCCCCGGCGGCGAGGAUCCGGAGGGCCGCUACACCUGGGAGCGCUGUGGAAUGGAGGUGGUAGUGACGGCCCCAGUGGAUGAGGAUGUCACCAAGAAGGAUAUCAAUGCCAGCUGGUCCCUGCGACAGGCGUCGCUCUCGAUCAGGGGCGAGGCUCUCUUCGACGGUGUCCCGGGCUGCGAGCUCGAUGUGGAUGAGUGUUUCUGGGAGAUCGACGAGGACGACGACGGAAACAAGAAGCUCAUGAUUCACCUGGCCAAGAAGGGAACGCUGUCCCGAUGGCCGGACACCCUCAUGAAAGGAUAG